AUGGGGACCAUAGAUGUUGGUGAGGCUUCAUCUGUGUUUACUUUAAAACUGCAUAUUGGUGGUAAUUUGGUAUGGAAGCCAAAAUUUGAGUAUAGGGAUGGUUUUGUUGAGUAUUUUGAUCAUUUCAACAGUGAAGAGGGAAGUUUACUGGAUUUAAGAAGGAUGGUAAAACAACUAAGGUUUUGUGAUAAAAAGGUCCAAUUCUGGGUUAAGAAAAAGGGUAGAAAAAAUGCAAAAAAACUUGAACUGAGCAAACUGACCAGUGAUGCAGAUAUUAUAGUUCUUGAUUUAGAGGUUCCAACAAACAAGGAGUUGGAUAUUUAUGUUGAACAUUUGUAUGAUGAUCAAUGGGAUUAUGAAGUAGAGAUAUCUAGGACUUUGGGAGAGGAUGCACUGUUGAAUGAUGGGAUAGAUGAGACAAGUGAACAAAGAUCUGAUAGGGAAGUAAAUGGACCAGAAACUUUGUUUGAAGAAGUUGAGGUAGAAGUUAAUGGUCCUGGUCCUAGUUCUAAGCAGGUGAACAAUGAUGAGGUACAAGUUGAUGAAGUUGAUUGUGUAGUUUCUGAAGACAUUUUUAGGAGUUUAGCUGAUUCAGAUUCUGAGAGGGGAGUGAAUGGUCCUGAAACUGUUUUCCAAGAAAGAAACCUGAAAAAACAAGGUUUUAAGUUUGUUUUGGGAAUGAUUUUUAAAUCUGCCUCAGAGUUUAAGUGGGAUGUAAAGUAUCAUGAGGCAAUGAGAAGAAAAGAUAUUAAAUUUGCCAAGAAUGAGUCCAGAAGGGUAAGGGUUUAUUGUAGACACUCAGACAUCUGCAGUUGGACAAUGUUUGCCUCAAGAAGCAAUCCUAGAUGUCCAUUUCAAAUUAAAACAUACAACCCUGAACACACAUGUGGGGACCAAGAUGAAAACAAAACUGUUAAUUCAGGAUUCCUUGCUAAGUUGUACAAGGAUGAUUUUAGAUUGAAUAUGGACUGGGGGAGAAGACAAUUUCAAGAGCAUGUGAAAGAGAAAUUACAUUGUCAAGUUACAAAACAUCAGGCUUAUAGGGCUAAGCAUAAGGUUAGAAAGGAGUUGGAAGGUCAAGAUUCUGAACAGUUCAAGAUGCUUAAUGAUUAUUGUGAUGAAUUAAAGAGAAGUAAUCCUGGGAGUACUGUCAAGAUGAAGCUUGAUAGUCAGUUUAGUGUUAAUGGCAGACCUAGGUUUCUUAGAUUGUAUGUUUGCUUUGCAGCUUGCAAAGAUGGAUUUCUAAGAGGAUGUAGACCUAUUUUUGGGUUGGAUGGAUGCCAUUUGAAGGGUAGUCAGAAGGGAGGGCAACUGUUAAGUGCUAUUGGUCUUGAUGGAGAUAAUUGCAUGUUUCCUAUAGCCUUUGCUGUUGUUGAGGGAGAAUUAAAGGAAAGUUGGACAUGGUUUUUAAAACUGCUGGACAAUGAUUUGAACAUAGGAAGUAAUCCUCAUGCCUGGACUAUAAUAUCAGAUAAACAAAAAAGGUUUUGUGUAAGGCAUAUGCAUGCCAACUUUCUGAAGGAUGGCUUUACUGGAAAUGUUCUGAAGUUAAAAUUGUGGGCUGUGUGUAAAGCUACAACUGAGGCAGAUUUUAAAAGCACUAUUUUGAGUUUGAGAGACAAGCCUAUCCUAACCAUGGUUGAUAAGAUAAGGAUUUAUCUAAUGACUAGAAUGCAAAAGAAUAGAGACAAAAUGAAAACUUAUCAACAUAAAAUCUGUCCCAAAAUCAGAAAGUGUCUAGAAGAUGCAAAGGAUAUGUCAGCUAGGUAUAGUACUUAUAAGUCACAUGAUAAUAUAUACCAAGUUGAUGAUCAGAAUUUCAAGACCUUCAAGGUGGAUUUAUCCCAAAGACAGUGCAGCUGUAGAGGAUGGGAUCUGACUGGCAUUCCUUGCAGUCAUGGUGUAGCAGCUAUAAGGAAACAAAGAGGAAGCCCUGAAGAUUAUGUGCAUCAAUGUUAUACAGUUGAGACUUAUUUGACAGCUUAUGAACCUGCAAUACUUCCCAUUCAGUCUUCAGAUUUAUGGGUUAAAUCAGAUCUUCCAGCACCAAUUCCCCCAAAGUAUAAGGCACAACCUGGUAGGCCUAAAAAAAAGAGAAAGAUAGAUCCAAUUCAAGAGAGCAAGCAACAGAAUAGUCAAGUCAGAACAAAGAAACUAGGGGAGGUGAAGAGAUGCAGAGUGUGUGGACUGACAGGGCAUAAUAAAACUACUUGCAAGGCUAAAAAUCCACAGGUUGUGUUAUUACUUGAGUUUAAAUUUCUUUGUUAUUAA